AGAUACGGCUCAGAGAAGCCUCCCAUCUCCAGAGCGGCAAGUCAAGAGGAUGAGCCGAUGACCCAUCCAGCAUGACAUGCAGGUGUCCAGGACCGCAGCUUUGCAUGACCGUGUUGCACAGGCUGUGAUUGAUCGUUAUGAUGGGCUACCAGGGCGGGCGAAGCCUCAAGGCAAGGCUUGGACAGUGCUGGCGGGCAUUGUUGCGGAGAGGAAGGGAGAGUUGGAGGUGAUAGCGCUCGCAACUGGCACCCGCUGUGUGGGUCUUGCUGCAAUGGUGGCCGGUGGCGGGCAGGUGAUGCAUGACUGUCACGCUGAAGUCCUUUGCCGGCGAGCAUUCCAUCGCUUCCUUCUGGCAGAGAUGGCUUGGCAGGUAGGAAGCCAGCAGGAGGGUCAUCAGGCGCUGGAGGUUUGCGCACUCUGCAUCAAAAUCGGGACUUUGACCCCCGCAAAAAUGUGGUUUUCCUGUUGGUGUCCAUUUAAUAACCGAGGCCCAAGGGGGGUACCCUCCCGGAAGGCUAGGAAGCCGAUCCUGGAGCGGCUUCAGGGCGAGGAGUUGCAGUUCGGCUUGGCCGCGGAUCUGCAUUUCUAUGUGAGCACCCUGCCGUGUGGGGAGUGCACGCUGGUGCCGCUGCAGAGCAGCAAGGAGGGAACGCUGGCGAGGAAGCUGACGGAGGAGACCGAGCCGGUGCAAUUGCAAGACCGCAACAGGACAGGUGCCAAACCAUCUCGUGGCAUGCCUACAGAUCCUAAGGCAGAUGGUAUCGACUUCCACCGGGAUGGAGUCUUACGGUACAAGUCGGGCCGGAGCGACACGAGGCCAGAUAGCCAAACUGUGUGCUACAGCUGUUCCGACAAGCUUUGCCGCUGGAACCGCCUCGGCUGGGAGGGUGCGCUCCUAUCUCGUCUCCUCAAGGAGCCGCUUCGGAUGCAGUCCGUUGUGCUCGGCGGCUGUGUGUACGACGCAGGUUUCGCCCACCACGCCCUCUUCGGCCGGGGACCUCCCAGCGCCUCCGCCGCGCCUACGUUUUGCCACACGAGUGUGCAAUUUCACGCCUCGCGGGAGGCGGUAGAGGCGCUUCCAGGAUUUGCCAAGGUGUCGACCGCGGGCUUGAGUUUGGUCUGGAGUGCCGAGCCCACAGGCCGCACGGAAGCCCUGCCCAACAGGUCCAUCUCAAACAAUGUGCCCGGCUUUUACGACAUCCUCAUUGGGCACACUGGCCAGCGACAGGGGCUGCGAAAUGAUCGCCAGGCCAAGCGAGUGGCCGUCAGCCAUGAAGUGGACAGCUGGGUUUCGCCCUUGUGCAAGAAGCUCAUGGCGCAGGAUGUCCUGAGCUGCUUGCGGCACAUGCUUGGCGACGAGGCCUUGGCAGACUGGAUUCUCAAGACGGACGACAGUGAGAGGAAGCGUCGCAGACUGUCGCCAGCUCUCGGCGCGAUGCCGCCAGCUGUCGGCGAGCGAGCACAUGCGCACUUCCCAUCGUACGCUUGGCUCAAAGAGGCUCUGUCGAGUGGCAGCUUCCGCGCGGCAAGGGCGGCUUUCCAUGCCAGCGAGCCCUUCUGUCACUGGGGCCGGAAGCAGACCAUGGUGUUCAAAGAUGACGCACACGGAGUCGAUGGGUUCGCAGUGCCAAUCCCACCGUCGCGAGAAGUGAAGCUGCCCUUGGCCAGAUGAGCGGCCAGUUACGCAGCUCGCAACCAGCGUUCUGAAAGGUAUCGCAGGUGCAUCUUCGACAUCGCGGUUGAUCAGGAAGUUCAAGCACGAGCGAGGUAAGCCAGUCUGCAUGCCCUCGCGAUCUAGCCAUCUGCUUCACUGCGAUAAGCUGGCCACCAUCCAAAGACGAAGCAGACGUGC